CUUUUGGGGGAAGGGAUCCCAGCUGCCCGGCGUGUGACGGCACGACGCUGGAGCUGGAGAGAGGAGGCGAUGAGAGGAAGCUGCAAUAAACACACAGGGCGUCUGCGCCUAUCUAAAUAGGACAAUAAAGUGAAAUAGGUAUCAAUGCUCUAACAAUGGAUUUGUCACCUCCGCUUCCACUCAAAGUUUUCCUCUUCUUUUACUUGCUAAACUACACCCAAGGACACUAUAGGAACCCUCUGAACAAGUAUAUCCGUCAUUAUGAAGGCCUGUCCUACGACACAGAGCUCAUUCACAGCAAGCACCAGCGGGCCAAGAGGGCAAUCUCUCAUGAAGACAAGUUUCUUCAUUUAGAUUUUCAUGCCCACGGAAGGCAUUUCAAUUUACGGAUGAAAAGAGAUACAACCUUAUUUCCUCCAGAUCUGAAAAUAGAAGUUUCAGGAGAAGAGAUUCCAUACGAUACCUCUCAUAUCUACACUGGAGAAAUCUACGGUGAGAAAGGCACCCUGUCUCACGGCUCCGUUGUGGACGGUAAGUUUGAGGGCUUCAUCCAGAGCUACCACGGCACUUACUACGUGGAACCAGUCGAGAGAUACCUGGAGGGCAAAGACGUGCCGUUUCAUUCAGUCAUCUACCACGAAGAUGACAUACACUAUCCGCACAAGUAUGGCCCAGAGGGAGGCUGCGCUGACAGCUCCGUAUUCGAGAGGAUGAAGAAGUAUCAGUUCUCUGCUACAGUGGAGCCAAACAAGGAGCUCCACACCGAAGCGAAGUCUGAAGGCCCCGUGUUGCUGAGGAAGAAGAGGAUGGCCCAGGUGGAGAAAAACACCUGCCAGCUCUUUAUUCAGACUGACCAUCUUUUCUACAAAUACUAUAAGACCAGAGAAGCUGUCAUAGCUCAGAUUUCCAGUCAUGUCAAAGCCAUUGAUGCGAUCUACCAGGGCACAGACUUCAUGGGGAUUCGUAACAUCAGCUUCAUGGUGAAACGGAUUAGGAUAAACACAACCAAUGACGAGAGAGACAGAUCCAACCCGUUCCGCUUCGCCAACAUCGGCGUGGAAAAGUUUCUGGAGCUGAACUCGGAGCAGAACCACGACGAUUACUGUCUGGCUUACGUUUUCACAGACAGGGAUUUUGAUGAUGGCGUGUUGGGCCUGGCCUGGGUGGGAGCCCCCUCAGGGAGCUCUGGGGGAAUCUGUGAAAAAAGCAAGCUGUACUCCGACGGAAAAAGGAAGUCUCUCAACACUGGUAUAAUCACGGUACAGAAUUAUGCCUCCCACGUACCUCCAAAAGUCUCUCAUAUCACUUUUGCACAUGAAGUAGGACACAACUUUGGCUCCCCGCAUGACUCCGGAGCCGAGUGCACCCCAGGAGAAUCCAAAAGCCAAGACAAGAAGGAGAAGGGCAAUUACAUCAUGUAUGCGCGAGCCACAUCGGGAGACAAGCUCAACAAUAAUAAGUUCUCCUACUGCAGCAUUCGCAACAUCAGCCAGGUUCUGGAGAAGAAGAGAGGAAACUGUUUUGUUGAAUCUGGCCAGCCGAUCUGUGGAAACGGCCUGGUGGAGCCUGGAGAGGAGUGCGACUGCGGUUACAGCGACCAGUGCAGAGACCUGUGCUGCUACGACGCCAACCAGCCCGACAACAAGAAGUGCAAAUUAAAGCCCAACAAAGUCUGCAGCCCGAGUCAGGGUCCUUGUUGCACUCAUGAGUGCAGCUACAAGGGUCGCAACGAGAAGUGCAGGGAGGAGUCUGAGUGCGCUCACCAGGGCAUGUGCAGUGGGGGAAGCGCCCAGUGCCCGACCUCGGAGCCCAAAGCCAACUUCACCGCCUGCCACGGCGAAACUCAAGUCUGCCUCAACGGGGGCUGCUCCGGCUCCAUCUGCGAAAAGUACGGGCUCGAGGCGUGCACCUGCGCCAGCCAAGAUGGCAAGGAUGAGACCGAGCUCUGCCACGUGUGCUGCAUGGAGAAGAUGAACCCCAACACCUGCAGCAGCACGGGGUCAGAGCGCCUGGCUCGGUUCUUCAAUAAGAAAGUCACCACCCUGCCAGCGGGAUCGCCCUGCAACGAUUUCAAAGGUUACUGCGACGUGUUCAUGAAGUGCCGGCUGGUGGACGCAGACGGGCCUCUGGCCAGGCUAAAGAAGGCCAUCUUCAACCCUGAACUCUACGAGAACAUUGCAGAGUGGAUUGUGGCUCACUGGUGGGCCGUGCUGCUGAUGGGCAUCGCUCUCAUCAUGCUCAUGGCGGGUUUCAUUAAGAUCUGCAGCGUUCACACACCCAGCAGUAACCCCAAGCUGCCUCCUCCCAAACCACUGCCAGGCACUUUGAAGAGGCGACGAGCGCAGCAGCACGCCAGCUCUCAGGUGCAGCACCAGUCGCAGCACCCCCACGCCCACGGCGGCCAGCGACAAGCCCGGGGUCAGCCGCAGCGGCAGGCGCAGCCCCAGAGGCACCACCGUCAGCCCAGAGAGAACUAUCAGAUGGGUCAGAUGAGACGCUGAGACCCCGCUGCCCCUCCUUGCAACCCCCAAUGCCUUGGCUCCUCCUCGUGCCUACAGUGGGAAACAAAAGCGUCACUCCAUCCAAAGAAAAGCCUGACACGGUUGUUUGUCAUCGUCAUAUCCUCCGAUCUGCAGACAACGCGCUCUACGCGGAAGAAGAGUAAAAACUUUGUCCAACUACUCAGCCGGCUCUUUGCGGAGUGGACUUGACCAUCAGCCAUCUCCAGUGCAUCGUUUUCCAUCUUUCUUUUCUUUUUUCUUUUCAUUCCAAGGAGUGCCAAGGAGAGUUAAGGAAUCAUGUGUAGCAAUAGUGCAUCCUGUGAUGUGUUUUUCUUUCUGUUGCGACCUUCGAGUGACUGCCGGUGAAUCGUUCUGUGCUUCUUCUUCUUGUUUCUUUUUUCCCCUCAUCAUCCUGACCAGGAAUGAGAGAAACUCAGUGGGAAUUUGUGGCACUUUUUCUUUUUUCUUCUUCUGAUUUUUCAUGUCGAACAGCAAAAGAGACAGGCUCUGGUCUCCUCAUGCAGAUUACCUUCUGCAUGUGACUGUAAAUAUUUAGUGUAUCAUAAGUGAAAACAAACUAUUUCUUCUACUGUAAAUGUGUAAUUCUUCACUACUUUUCUUUUCUUUUUCUUUUCAGUUAGUGCUCUCAGGAUUCUUAACACAUAAAUGAAGGAACUUUGAGGAUUUGACGCUCUUGAGUUGGAUCGCAUUCACUUUUAUUUGAUUACAAGAUUAUGAACAACAAGGGCAUCAUAUCCCUGGUUUUACGUUUCGUUUUAUUUUUUUUGGUCUUGCUAACGUUUUGCUCAUGUUGUGUAAGGAGAUGUAGCGUCAUGGGAACAAAUAUGAAGGAUCACAACACUAUUUGCUUCUGAUCAAGAAGAGUAACACUGAAAACGAAGGCUAGGAGUCUAGGAAUGAGUCAUGUUAGUUUACAUGAGUGUGGAAAUAAAUUUUUAAACACUAAAAAAGAUUUAAGGUUAAGUCAUUCUAUUAUUCUUCAGGUAGUGAAUCUAAGAACUUUUCCUUGUGGGCAUGCAGACACAUUUAUUACAUGUGGCUUUGAAUUGACAAAGGUCUGUAAUAUCUGUAAUUCACUCAACACUAUUUUAUUUUGACGGCUGUGUAACGCAGGAAAGAGAAGUGUAGUGCAGCAGUGUUGUUCACUACUAAUCUGAUGGAAAAGCUACUUCCUGAUCCCCUAAAGAGCUCACCAGUGCAGGAUGUUUACCGUAGAAAUCCACUAAGAUGGCAGCAGAAAGGAAGUGUGAUUGGUUUGACCUCAGGUGUUUGCAAAACAAACCCUUUUUGUGAAUUUUAUUUAUUAGAUGACAAGAACUGUACCUGGUAAUGCAAUCAUGACUUCUUUUUUUCUUUUACUUGUAAGAGCAUACAUUUUUAAAUUGACUGAAAUUUCUUAUUUUCUCCAGUAGAUGUUUUUUCUCCUCUUGCACAAAACUCAACCUUACAUGUCAGAUUAAAUGCCUCUUGCACAAAUUUCUUUUCCUAAUAGUUUCACUAAAAUAAUGGUAAAACCUGCAAUCUUAGCAAUGUUUUUCUUUCUCCUCAACAGUUUGCAGAGACUCUCGCUGGCAGCACCUCCUUCUGUUGGGUGAACAUGUUGCGUUCAGAGUCUCGCCGCCAUUUUAUUGGCUA